AUGCCCACGGAUGCGGCCAUGAUCACCCAUAGUGAGACCGACAAUCAGCGUCCCGGCCCAGUGGUGAGCCCCGGGAGCUGGGAGGCAUCCCCGUUCACCAACGGAACUCUCCUGGGGAUCCGAUUCGCCAAUUCCCAGAGCCUUACCAUACACAAAGCAAUUCUGGAAAAAUGGCCGGAAUUGAGCGCCCGGGUGGCAGCCGGGAAGCUAGAUUUGUCACAAUUCUCAGUGACAGCGGGCCACGCCUUGGUCAACUAUCUAUACAUCAAGAAAUACCGACCGCUAAAGUGGAAAGGACCCCCUAAGUCUUUUACUAUUCUGGACUCUCGGGAGGCACAGGAACUAAGGUUGCGUCUCGAGACCUACGCUCUUACUCGAACUGUUAACCUCAAAGGCCUAGAGGAUCUUGUCAAGAAGGACAUCGAGGAGUACGCGACAAAAUUCGACAUGUUCACCGUGAUGGACAUCGUCAGAGAGACGUACCCCGUCCCUAUCGGCGAUGACAUGUGGUUUCACCCCUGGAUCAAAUCGCUGAUCAAGAACGACCUUCGACGGCCGGAGAAGCUCGUACAACUGGCCCGAUCGCAGGAUCUGAGUGAUGAGAUUGGGGCAUUGAAGUUCAUCGUUGGCUGUCUGACUGAGACCGUUGUCAGUGAAUUGGGCUCGUUGACUAGGGACGGGAAGAAGGAAGCAUCUUCCGAAUCGGGAGACACCUCUGAAGCAACGAGGGCCGACGAUAACACUACCGUGGUUUACACGCCGGCGGGAUCAGAGCCGGAUUCAGUUUCUGCUACCGUUGUUCACCGACCGCCAGCUCAUGAAUCCCAAUCAGUGACCCAAGAAGGCCUUAUACCGAGCUUAGUACCCUGGGCGUUUCAUACGUGGCUCAGGAUACCGGGGGCCGAGAAAAAGGUGGCCCAAGACGAGCCCAUGCCGGUCCCAGAACCGGAGCCGUUUGAUUUUGGAUAUGGGACAAAGAAGUCAAAUAAAAAGAAGAGAGCUAUGGCAGCUUUGGAACAGGAGCCAGAGUGUUUCCCGAAAACAAUAGACGACCCCACCGCACCGGAGGCAGACGAGGCGGUUCCUGCCGAGAGCGAAAUCUCAUUCUCUGUUGAUGUAGACGGAGUUUGGGUCAAGAAGCGCGACGGGAAGUGGGGGUUUGAGAAACGGCGGUAA